AUGCCAAGGCUAAAUUACCACGAUUACCACGGUACCGCUACAAUUAUCCCAAACAAAGCGGUAUCAACACCUCCGUACCGCCGUGCUGCUGCUGCUUCCACCACCGCUGCGGAAAGUGCUUGUGAAAGUGCGGCCGAUGAAGCAUCGGAUGAGCAGAAAUCAUCGGCACGUGAAAGCCCAGUACCACGGAUCUCGGAGCCGGCCAGUCCCGCUGUACCUCAUAAAUUUGCUCAUCGCCGAAUUCUGUUCCCAUUGAGGAGACGAUAUAUCACAAGUAAUUUCAUUCAUUCUUUUGUCUCACUCAAACGAGCAAAAGGGGUUUUUUUUUUUUUUAAUGCAGUGCAGAUUAGGUUAUGGGAUUAA